AGCAAGAAACGCGCCCUGGUGAAUUCCGGUGUCCUCUUCUUGCAUGCCCUAGAAACAAAUGAUCCAUGGUGGCCGUCGGUAACUGCUGCUGAUGGUAAGGAGCGCGAGGAGGAGUGGUGGUUAUGGUCGUGAGGCGCAGGAAGAUGUCGGUGCGGAUAAAGGCGCUGGACGCGGACAUCCAGGACCCCGUCAUGACGGAGCGUGAGAUGCAGAGCUACAUAGAGGAGCGCGAGGUCGCCGGAUGGGAGGCCGCGUGGAAGACCGAGCUCUCCCGCCGCAAGGCUGAGAUUGCACGGCAAGAGGCAAGGCUGAAAGUAGACAGGGAGAACCUAGAGAAAGAGAAAAGCCUCCUGAUGGGAACUGCUUCAAAUCAGGACAACCAAGAUGGUGCACUUGAGAACCCAAGGAUCGCCUCCAUUAUUAAGCAGCUCGGCAGGCCCUCAUGCCGCUGCCCGCUGGCUCCCAACAAUAAACCAGAGAUCUCAGUGGGCACCGCUAUCACAACCAGCACCACACGGAGAUGA